AUGGUAAGGAACAACUGAAUUUUAUCGCAAAAUUAUUAUCGAUUUUUUGCGUGCAGAGCUUCGCCGGAUUAUUGGAUUUCGCCCGGAAAGAUGUGGAUUUGCCGACAAAUUCGCCGAAAGAAUUGCUCAAAAAUUUGCACGCCGACUUUAUUCAUCAGUAUGAGAAGGACAAAAACAGCUAUGUAAGCUUGCUAAUUUUUGGGAUUUUUUAUAUUAUUUGUUUGUAGCAUUACAUUAUGGCCGAGCAUUUGAGAGUCAGCGGAAUUUAUUGGUGUGUCAAUGCGAUGGAUUUGAGCAAACAGGUAAGUGCCUUCAAAAAGUGGCCCUAAAUUCUUGCUCUCCACAUGAAAAAUGCUCAAAAAGAUUUUCCAAUUUUGUCAAAUUCCAAUAAAAACAGUCCGUUUGCAGUUGGGCCGAAUGUCGUCGGAAGAGAUCGUCGCGUACGUGGUCUCGUGCCGAAAUGCGGACGGAGGCUACGGCCCGGCGCCCGGACACGACAGCCACCUGUUGCACACGUUGUGCGCCGUCCAGACACUCAUUAUAUAUGAUUCGCUCGAAAAAGUGGACGCCGAGACGGUUUGUGAGUACGUGAGAGGACUCCAACAGGAGGACGGCAGCUUCUGCGGCGAUUCUGGAGGUGAGGAGCGUUAGAGGUGUAGAAUUCAAACCAUUAUUUUUCAAAUGUUGCAGGCGAAGUGGACACCCGCUUCACAAUGUGCUCCCUUGCCACGUGUCAUCUGCUCGGCCGUCUGCCCGUCCUGAAUGUCCCGCUGGCCGUGAAAUUCCUGUUGCAAUGCUACAAUACGGAUGGGGGAUUCGGAACGCGUCCCGGCUCGGAAAGCCACUCCGGCCAGAUCUACUGCUGCGUCGGCGCACUGGCCAUCGCCGGCCAUUUGGACGACAUCGACCGGGACCGCACCGCCGAGUGGCUCGCUUUUCGGCAAUGCGACAGCGGCGGACUCAAUGGUACAUUUUCUGACUUUUCACGAGCUGUGCGGCCUCUAAAAACAAUGUUCUUUCUCAAUUUGCUUUUAAAACCUGCAGAUCCUAUAAAAUCCUCAAUUUUUGCGAUUCAGGCCGCCCGGAAAAGCUGCCGGACGUGUGCUACUCGUGGUGGGUGCUCGCUUCUUUGUCCAUCCUCGGCCGUCUCGACUUCAUCGACGCCGCCGCAAUGAAGGCGUUCAUUUACGCGUGUCAGGACGACGAGACGGGCGGUUUCGCCGAUCGGCCCGGCGAUUGUGUGAGUUUCGAAACGAAUUUGA